ACCCAUUGCUGUCAUGGAGUUCAAUUCUGUGAUUUUAACAGUGGGAUGCUCUACUGCUUUCUUUAAAUUAGUUAACUGUGGAUUUAAUCAUCUGCCCAUAGCAGAAACCGCGCGCAGGAAUGUAUGGAAAUGGAGAAACAUCUCUACGUCUUUCGUUCACAGUCUCAUAACAGGAGUCUGGGCUGUGCUUUGUUUUUACUUGCAUCCUCAGAUGGCAGAGGACUUGAUAGAGACCCACUCUGUUUUCUCACAUGCCCUUGUUUCUGUAUCAAUUGGUUACUUCAUUUAUGAUUUUCUUGACAUGAUUCUGAAUCAGAAGAUAAGCCAGUCAUGGGAGCUUCUGUUCCAUCACACAGUGGUGAUCACGUGUUUUGGGAUCGCUGUGUUGAGCUGUCGCUAUGUGGGAUUUGCCGUGGUGGCCUUGCUGGUGGAGAUCAACUCUGUGUUCCUCCACCUCAGACAGGUGCUCCGCAUGGCUAGCAUGGGAAAAACGACGCUUUACCGCGUCAAUAGCAUGAUCAACCUUGGCACCUACGUCAUCUUCCGCAUCAACACGCUGGCCUGGAUGACCCGCUGGCUUGUGCUGAACCGCGACAACGUGCCCCUCUUCAGUUAUACGGUUGGCAGCGUGGGCUUGGCCAUUAUGACCGCCAUGAACAUAGUUCUUUUCUACCGCCUGCUCCGAAGCGACUUUCUCAAGAGCAGCCGCGAGGUCAAGAAGGAGAAGGAGACAUAAGGGGCGGUGGUUGUUCCCGCGCCUUAGAGCCCCGCUCUCCCCUUCUGCUUUUUACCAAAUUCGCUGUCCACCA